AGUCCUCAGUCCUCACUCACUCUCAGAGUCAUAACUAAAUCAAAAUUUGAUUUGAAAGUCCCUCAGCUAUGGCGGCACCAUCUCCCACCAACGAACCACUUCCAACUCAAACCCUAACCAAACCCAAUGAUUCACUCCCAGACCAACCUUCCGACGCUGCAUUAACCGAUGAUACUCCUCUCGGCGAGAAGCGCAAGAGGGAGGACGAUCAGAAGGACCAGGAACCUAACCCUACUAACCCUUCAGCCACUCCUCUCUGGAAGACCAGUCUAUGCUCCUUCUUCCGCCGUCAAUCGGGCUCUUGCAGCCACGGAAGUACCUGCCGCUACGCUCACGGCGAGGAAGAGCUCCGUCAGCGUCCCGAUAAUACGUGGGACCCGACCUCGGAGCGUGCCAAGAAGGUACAGAAGAAAUCCGAGGAUGAAGAGAAGCCUGUGGCUUCGGUUUCGAAUGAGGUGAUAAUGAUGACGGAGACUGUGGGUGGCGAUGAGGAUGAGGAUGGGGAUGCAGAUGGUGAUGGUGAUGGUGUUGGGUUGGACCCUGUGCUUAGCAAAUGUCUGGUUCAUUUACCUAGAAAUUGGAGGACUGAGACUCUUAAGAGCUUUCUUAGUGAGCAGGGAAUUCCUUUUAAGUCUUCGAAGAAGAAGAAAGGCAUGACUGUAGGUUUUGUGAGUUUUGAAAGUGUGGAACAGUUAAAAACUGCUUUGGAGCAAUUGGAAGGGAAGUCCAUUGGGAACAAAAGUAUAAAGGUUGCCGAUGUUAUUCCUCGAUCGUUCGAGAAGAAUAUUAAACCAACAACUGCCUUCCCACAAAACGGCCAGGAAACUGGCAAACCUGUCAUAUCCGGGGAUGAUGGGGAUGUCUCUGUUACCUUAAAUGGGGCUCAGAAUGUUGAUGGUAAUGAAGACAAUUCAACAGUUAAUGGUUCGGUGACUAGCGUAAGAAGUGUUAGAGAUGCCGUGACUCCCCUUGCCCAUAUGGCCUACAGUGAUCAAUUGGAGCAAAAAAAGAUGUCUAAUAUGCAGAUUCUCAAAAGACUUACUAGAAAUGCACGUAAAGCUUGUCCUAAUGGUGUUUCACUUCCAGAAUGGAUUCUCAAGUCUAGAGAAAUAGGUGGUCUCCCAUGCAUUUUAGAGGGUAUACUACCAUCUCCAGUUAUAAAUGGAUACCGUAACAAGUGCGAGUUUUCUGUUGGAUAUUCACUUCAAGGAAAAAUAACAGUGGGCUUUAUGCUUGGAAAUUUCAGGGAGGGUGUGACAGCAGUUGAAGAACCUAUAAACUGCCCUAAUGUUUCUACAAUCGCUUGCAAAUAUGCUUCAAUCUUUCAGGAGUUUCUUCAGCAUUCAGACUUACCGGUUUGGAACCGAUUUAAGAAUACUGGAUUUUGGCGUCAAUUAACGGUUCGAGAAGGAAGGAGACCGGAAACAACUAUUGAUUCUGAAAACCCAGAAGCCAACAUUGCCGAGGUCUUACUUAUGGUUCAGGUUUCCACCAUGAGCUUUGAUGAGGCAUUGGUGGCUAGUGAAUUUGAGAAACUUACUCAAGCAUUUUCUGCAGGAGCUGCAGCAAGUGUUCCUUCUUUGCCUCUAACAGCUUUAGUUGUUCAGGAUCAUCAAGGAAUAUCAAAUGUUGCACCAGCUGAUGCACCACUAAGGCAACUCCCAUUGGGUAAAGAGCCAGAUGUUCCAGAAAUGGAAGCAGACAAAAAUCUAGUAGACCCAAGAAUUCAUGAUUACAUAAGCAAUCUUAAAUUCUGUAUCUCACCCACAGCUUUCUUUCAGGUGAAUUCCCUUGCUGCUGAAAAGCUUUACUCGCUUGCUGGGGAUUGGGCAGGUUUGGGUCCUGAUACUUUGCUAUUUGAUAUCUGCUGUGGAACUGGAACAAUUGGGCUCACCUUAGCACAUCGUGUGGGUAUGGUUGUGGGUGUUGAAAUGAAUGCUUCUGCAAUUUCUGAUGCUCAUAGAAAUGCUGAAAUCAAUGGCAUAAAGAAUUGUAGAUUUGUUUGUGCGAAGGCAGAAGAUGUUAUGGGGUCAUUGUUGAAGGAGUACAUGAAUGCCACUCAGCUACAAGAUGAGUGCCAAAUAUCUGAAGGGGCUGUUGAAGUAAACUGCACAACCGAAGAAAAAGAUGGGUGCCAAAUAUCUGAAGGGGUUGUUGAAGUAAGCUGCACAACCGAAGAAAAAGUUGAGUGCCCAAUAUCUGAAGGGGUUGUUGAAGUAAGUUCCAUAACCGAAGAAAAAGAUAUUUUGGUUAACAAUGCAGAGGAUCCUGAAAGGAGCUCUUGUCUCUCAGCAGCAGACAGUAUACAAGAGCCUGGAGAAAGCUCCAACCAAGAGCUGCAGAAUGUAAAUAUUGCAUCUGAAGGCCCUCGGGAACCAGAUAGCCAACUUCAAAGCAAUUGCCAGUCUGUAAAUGUGAAUUCCCCGGUGCAGCGCUUCAAAAAUGUUGUUGCAAUAGUUGAUCCUCCACGUGGCGGGCUUCAUCCCACUGUGAUCAAAGUUAUAAGAACCAAUCCACUUUUACGAAGACUAGUUUACAUUUCCUGCAACCCUGAGAGCUUAGUGGCUAAUGCUAUUGAGCUCUGCACACCAUCUGCCGAGAAAACCGAGAAAGGAAAUAGGAACAACAGAGGAUGGAGAAACAUGAGCGCUGCUGGUCUAGCCCGAAACAGGGCCAAGUCAAUGCCCCAUUCCGAGCCCUUCCGACCUGUAAAAUCUAUGGCUGUUGACCUUUUCCCACACACCGUUCACUGCGAAAUGGUGAUGCUACUUGAGAGGUAGUUAGUUUUACAAAUAAUUAUCCGUUUGCUGAAAUUUUGUCAUGAACUGCUUCAAUUAUUCUUAGGUUUGUUUAUCUGCCAAUUUUGUAUUGAUUAUUGUUUCUGUUACUACUGCUCUCAUAAGGACACACUAUUGUUGGUUUAUUUGGUCCUCAAUAAUACUAGCAAAAUUUUAAUUGAAUAAGAAUAAUUAAUCUCUUUGAUUAUUAAUAUCAAGAUUAAUAUAUUAUUGGAUAUUAUUCUUUCUC